AUGACACCGCUAGCAUCUAUCCCAGAGGUUUCUCAUUCCAACUUGGAUAGUAGGACCAACCAAUCUCGUCAACCUCGGGUCUCCUCCUUUGAACGAGCUCGACGCCGCUCUCGUGUUUUGAUCAUUUCCAGACACCCGUCCCGGCCUCAGCGACGAGUUGUCUCCCCGCAAUCGACCGCUCAGCAAAACCAGAACUCGAAAUUUUCUGGAAAAGAUACCUCGGCGCCUUCUUAUAGCGGAAAUAGGGCAGCAGAAAUCUCAGUACCAAAGCCAGAUGGCUCCAGCGUUCAAGGAAGGGUCACUACUGCGGACAUCCCUGAAUCGGGUUCACCAUCUCAGAGCAUAUCGGCGCAAUCAGACGGCACUAUUGAUAUUGAUUCAUUCCCUCUUCCGCCUUCUCACAAUAAUAACCCAUGCCCCUUGCAGUUUUCGGUUCAUGAUGGUGCGACGAAGACCUCACAAAUAUACAAAUCGACGAACGACCCAUCUUCAGCGAGAGUUCUUCUGAGGCAGCAGGUUUAUAAUAGAAAAUUGCCAUCCAAGAACCCUUCAAUAAACACGGGCUCAUACGGCCAUAGCCCAAGUUCUAUCACAGCAAAAGGCGUGGCGAGUCCAAGGUCUCCGAGGCGCAGCCACGUAGACACUGACUUGGUCGAUAUAAUAACAAAGAGCGUUGCUGAACAGAUUGGCGCUAUAUCCCAGGCAAACUCGCCAAAGAAUUUAAAUAGACCCGGGGAUUCUUCACGAAAUGUCCAAGACAAUGCGUCCCGAUCUCCGAGCCAAGUCAGAGCACUUGAUACGUUCACAAAGGAACUCCAGCGGUAUGCGGAAAUUGUAGGCGCGGCAGGAAAGUCUCCCACCUUCACGCCAACACCUUCCAAAUCUUCAGCCACUUUGCGCACGGUUUCUGCGUUACUCCCCUUUCGUUCCGAGUUCAACGCUGCUGGACUAGCGGUAACCUCCAAAGACCAACGACAUCAGGAUGCUCAAGCAUCGACAAAAGUGAAGGCUGCCGGGCACAGGCCUCGUGCCCGCCACCGUGGUGCAGUUAAUUCCAAGCGGUUUCGGGGUUUACAGGUGGAUGGCAAGGUCAAUAGCCUUUCAGAACCGACCACAGCCGUUGAUUUUACAAGUCCGACGAAUACAGACGUAUGGAGAAGAUCCCUUAUUGACAGGCUACCACCAAGAAGGAACGUGUUGUUCCCAUAUAGACCUCGCUCACGGCGAUCUUGUUUGCCUUGCCUCCCAAAGCGACGGGUUCGAUUGAACAGUAAAAAGUCCUCCCAUCGGAGCGUCAAAAUCCCCCCAGGAUAUGUCAGGCGGCUAUCCCAACAACCGAAGCCAAGACAUAGCAGCGAAUCUAGAGACGUGAUCUCGCAAGUCCCUUCGUCCCACUAUUCUCAGAAAGAUGGACAUUCAAGUUCAAUAUAUCUCGAAACUGAUGAUAGUGAUGAGCCCACGAUCAGAGUUCCCAAAGCAAACACAUUGAACGCAGUAUUGGGCUUACGAAGGAAACGCAAGACUAUAGCUUCACCGCGUCUUCUAAGGCAAAGAAAAUAUAAGCCUCCGCGUGAGCCGCAGGAAAUUCAACUAUUCCCACAUGAUUAUGCCGCCUACAAGUCUAGUAUGGAUGCCAGCAACUCAGAUCAAGUUUCCUGUCGGCCAGGCAAUGGCAGUCUACGAGAAUCCCAGAGGCAAAAGGACCACGUCCCCCAUAAUCAAUCACAACAAACCAGGGUUGAUUAUGACGCCAUGUCUAUUCCUGAGCUACCACCUUUACGCCGUCACCUAGCUGGAAAGGCAGCACAAGCAUACUCUCUACGAGACGUUUUUAGCGACAGGCUGACUGCUAAAGCGGUGCGGGAACUAUCUCGCCAAGAUCCCGGCCGUUACCCGGUGCAGCUCCCUCCCCACCUCCGCACAACGUUCUCUUCCCCAAAGCCUCCCGAUAUCCCUUGCCGAGUAUCUUCCAGGAGAUGCCAGACUACUACGAGCGAAAGUAGCUCAGGCACGGCUCAAGUCAACGAUCGAGUCGUGCUCAAAGGCCUACACAUCGCGGCGGCGGCAGCCUGCGACGAGAGUGUUCAUACAACUGUUCAUAAGAACACGGGACUUAACGUUCGGCGUUUCCUUUCGGAACUCAUGGCUUUGAGUGCUUUGGGCCAAGACCAGCCAGCCGAAGACAAGGAGAAGCAAGUGAAGCGGCGGCGAGCGAAGAUAAGAAAGCUAAAGCAACAAGUUCGGGCAUCUCGUAAGAGGAUGCAAGAGGGCUCGGAUGUUAUAUGA